GCCAGGAGCGGGUCAUGUUCGACAAGAUCACGUCGCGCAUCCAGAAGCUCUGCUACGGCCUCAACGCCGACUUCGUGGAUCCCGCCCAGAUCACCAUGAAAGUGAUUCAGGGGCUCUACAGUGGUGUCACCACAGUGGAACUGGACACUCUGGCUGCUGAAACGGCUGCGACUCUGACCACCAAACACCCUGACUACGCUAUCCUGGCGGCGAGGAUCGCCGUGUCCAAUCUGCACAAGGAAACCAAGAAAGUGUUCAGUGAUGUGAUGGAUGAUCUCUACAACUACGUAAACCCUCACAACGGGAAGCACUCGCCAAUGAUCUCCAAAGAGACCCUAGAGAUAGUGUUGGCCAACAAAGACCGCCUGAAUUCUGCCAUUAUCUACGACAGAGACUUCUCCUACAACUAUUUUGGCUUUAAGACUCUGGAGCGCUCCUACUUGCUGAAAAUCAACUCAAAAGUUGCCGAACGUCCCCAACACAUGUUGAUGAGGGUGUCUGUGGGAAUCCACAAAAACGACAUCGAUGCUGCCAUCGAGACCUACAACCUUCUGUCGGAGAGGUGGUUCACACACGCGUCGCCCACGCUGUUCAACGCGGGCACCAACCGCCCGCAGCUCUCCAGCUGCUUCCUGCUGUGCAUGAAGGACGACAGCAUCGAGGGCAUCUACGACACGCUCAAGCAGUGCGCGCUCAUCUCCAAGUCCGCGGGGGGCAUCGGCCUUGCCGUGAGCUGCAUCCGCGCCACGGGCAGCUACAUCGCGGGGACGAAUGGAAAUUCCAAUGGACUCGUUCCAAUGCUGAGAGUCUACAACAACACUGCCCGCUACGUGGACCAGGGUGGCAACAAGAGACCCGGGGCCUUUGCCAUCUACCUCGAGCCGUGGCAUUUGGACAUUUUUGAAUUUCUUGACUUAAAGAAGAAUACUGGGAAAGAGGAGCAGCGAGCCAGAGACCUCUUCUUUGCCCUCUGGAUCCCCGAUCUCUUCAUGAAGCGAGUUGAAACCAACCAGGACUGGUCCCUAAUGUGUCCGAAUGAGUGUCCUGGUCUAGAUGAGGUUUGGGGAGAGGAAUUUGAGAAACUGUAUGAGAGCUAUGAGCAGCAGGGCCGCGUGCGCCGCGUGGUGAAGGCCCAGCAGCUGUGGUACGCGAUCAUCGAGUCGCAGACGGAGACGGGCACCCCCUACAUGCUCUACAAGGACUCCUGCAACCGCAAGAGCAACCAGCAGAACCUGGGGACCAUCAAGUGCAGCAACCUGUGCACGGAGAUCGUGGAGUACACCAGCAAGGACGAGGUCGCAGUCUGCAAUUUGGCUUCUAUAGCCCUGAAUAUGUACGUCACCUCGGAGCACACGUACGACUUCAAGAAGCUGGCCGAGGUCACCAAAGUCAUCGUCCGAAACCUGAACAAAAUCAUCGACAUCAACUACUACCCUGUGCCUGAGGCUGAGCGCUCCAACCGGCGCCACCGGCCCGUCGGCAUCGGCGUGCAGGGCCUGGCAGACGCCUUCAUCCUCAUGAGAUUCCCCUUCGAGAGCCCCGAGGCCCAGCGCCUGAACCAGCAGAUCUUCGAGACCAUCUAUUACGGUGCUCUGGAAGCCAGCUGUGAGCUUGCCCAGGAACAAGGGCCCUAUGAAACGUACGAGGGUUCUCCUGUCAGCAAAGGAAUUCUUCAGUAUGACAUGUGGAAUGUCACCCCCUCCGAGCUCUGGGACUGGAGAGCGCUGAAGGAGAAGAUCGCCAAAUACGGUGUCAGAAACAGCCUGCUCCUUUCUCCAAUGCCAACUGCUUCAACUGCUCAGAUCCUGGGCAAUAACGAAUCCAUCGAGCCCUACACCAGCAACAUCUACACACGCAGGGUCCUCUCGGGAGAGUUUCAGGUCGUGAAUCCCCACUUGUUGAAGGACCUCACCGAGCGCGGCCUGUGGAACGAGGAGAUGAAGAACCAAAUCAUCGCCCACAAUGGCUCUAUCCAGAAUAUACCUGAGAUUCCUGAUGAUUUGAAGCAACUCUAUAAGACCGUGUGGGAGAUCUCCCAGAAAACCAUCCUCAAGAUGGCAGCAGACAGAGGAGCUUUCAUUGACCAGAGCCAGUCUCUCAACAUCCACAUCGCAGAGCCCAACUACGGCAAACUCACCAGCAUGCACUUCUACGGGUGGAAGCAGGGUCUGAAGACUGGCAUGUACUAUCUGAGGACAAAACCAGCUGCCAACCCCAUCCAGUUCACCCUGAACAAAGAGAAGCUCAGGGAGCGGGAGAAGGCUUCCAAAGAGGAGGAGAAGGAGAGGAAUAAAGCAGCCAUGGUGUGCUCCUUGGAGAACCGGGACGAGUGCCUCAUGUGUGGCUCCUAACGGAUGAGCCUGCAGAGCCAGCAGGGUCGCUCCGCCUCACUCGAUGCUUUCUACGAUAGAUAUGUCUAGUUUAACUUCAGGAUGUGGAGGAGC